AUGGCAGCAAAGAAAGAUGCCAUCGCAGCUGCCAAGCUCGCUAUCGAAACCUGUUCUGCGACACAGCUCGCUCUGAAAAAGGAUGACCUGUCCAGCACACACACUCUUGAUGCACCGCUGGCGACUAUCCAUAAUGACCUCAGGUCAAUUCUGUCUAUGCUUCACCACUCUACGACCAAACUUGCUCUCGCCAUGUCGCAGCAGGAGCACUCUGCCACUCUGUCUCCGCUGAAGGACAUCACCGUCCAGAUCCCGACGCUCCUGCACUGUGUGUCCCUCUUCGACGCGAAUGUAGUCGGGAGGACCCUUGCACAGGAAGUGAGGAUUGUCGCUACCGACGUGACAGUUUCUACCGCCGCUCUUUUGCAUUCCUUCGUCAAGGGCGAAGGCCCCGCCAGUGCGGGGUCGGACUCGAAGGAGUAUCUCUUCCGGACGGGGUCCGUACAUGAGAUCAUCGACGCUGCGCGGGGCGUGCAGGGAAUAUCUGUUGAUAACAUUGCCGCUGUAAAGAAGAAGUGGGUGGGAAAUCAGGCGCCGUUAGAGGACGGCAUCAAGGAACUGGCAGAGAGCAUCGAGGAUGCUAAAUCAGGACCUGCCGAGGAGAAGGAUGACGAAGAUGACUUUGAUGACGGUUGGGAUGAACUUGGGAUUUCGUCCAACGACAAGAUGAGUCCUGAGGAACUCGCGCGCGCAGAGAAGGGCCAUAUCCUCUUACGAAUGUGUAGCAUGCUGCACAAGCGGGUAGCGAAAGACUUACUCAAAACCUCUCACCCGCCGUCCGUCGACAACGCGCUCCUCGACUCCCUCCCCGGGCUAUCCGCCUACCUCCUCUCCUCCGCCGACGACUUCAUUAUGUCUCUUGAAGCGCCGCAGGAUAUCAGCCAGGUCACGGAAUGCCUCGACGGACUGGUCGAGCAGAUCCACGACCUGCAGACUACCCUCGCACCCUUCUUCCCUGACGCGCCACCCUCGCCUAACACGCCACCGUCGUCUGAGUCAAAACCAGACAACGAGGCGCCCAAGGAGUCCAAACCGACCCCAUCAAAAUGGUUUGACACCUGCUUCGGCCAGAUCGACAAGGGCGCCGCCGCUCUGCGCGCCCUCUUGCCGCAGGAUAAUUGA